UAUUUCUUCGCCAAGACUUUUUACACCUGACGUUGACCGGAUGAAAAUGCGGUUGUUUUCAAAGAAAUUUGAAGGUUAGGUCAGGUUAGGCUCUGCUUUUGAAUCAUGUAAAUUUUCGGCACAACAGGAGAGUAAAAAUUAUCUAACGAAAUCAAUAUUCUGUAAUCGAAUCAGGUCACAGCAUGUCGUGGAUAACGAAUAGUAUUUGUUUGGCGGUACGAUCUUGGACACCGCACGUGACUGCUGUACGUUUUCGCUACCAUGCUGAGAGAAGAGCGUUGGCUCGAAUACCUCGUUAUGGUUACGAGGAUAGCGGAACGCGUAGAGGACUGCUGCCGCACACGGGAGAAGGUAAAAAAUUACCGAUGCCAGAUUACAGGCCGAAAGAUUUGUGGAUAGAAAAGAGGGCUUUAUUCGGACAAAACGACUAUAUAGACAUUUUGGGAAAUGAUAAACUUCACCCGACGAGGAUUCUGUACAAGGUACCCUCCUGGUUGAGAGGCGUCAGCGGUAACGAAUACCAAGUCUUGUUGCGAAAGAGAAAAAUGCUUCGACAUGGUAUAUAUCCGAUAGCUCGGCCAACCAAAUGGAAGGAGUUGCAGAAAAGAAUAGCUUAUUUGUAUAGAUUCCUGAAUCGAAAGACAAAAACUGGUUUCUCAACCAAGUAGAAUGGUACGACAUAUAUUUGUAUAACUGUAAAAUUAAUUAGAUUGAAAUAUUUAAUAAAUAAAAAAUCAAAAUAUGAUAAAAAAAAAAACUAUUUCGACGGUCUCUUGCUCAUUUCCCUAAUUUUGAAUCAGCGUUACUAGGGUGUCAA